GGAGCAGUGUCUGUGUCAACUCUCAAAUGGCUGUUUAGUGAGCAUGCGAAUUAGUGUUGAAAUAACAUGUGUUUUUAUAAAAAAAUAGUUUCUAAAGAUAUGUGAUAUAAUGAUAAUUAAGUGCAAUGAGUGUUUUCGGUGACUUUCAACGCGUGUGGGUGCAGCGGUUCCCUGAAAGCUCGUUAUCAGCAGCUUGGGAAGAGGAUGUCAGAGCUAGUUUAGAUAAACAUAAACAAAAAGUAAUUAGCUUAAGAGAAGAAUUGGAAAAGGAGGAAUUGUAUGUUGAAUAUUUAGAAAGAUUAUUAAGCGAUGUCGAAGAAUUACGUUUGAGCAAAGAAAAUGAUGAACAAAAUGCAACGGCGCAAACGCGAGAUGUCGAGAAAAAUGAUAAGGGACCAGAUAUCAUUCAGGAUACGCACUCGGCCAAAGACUCUGAAGAAAAUGCAGAAGUAAUUCAGGAGGAAAGUCCUAAAAAGGAAAAGGACGAGGUUGUCAGGAGCAAGGAUGAUGAUGUCUUACUGAGGGAGAAACGGAGGAGAUCACAAGUGCACCAAUGCGUGACAGAACUUUCGGCCGUCAGCCGAAGAUGUGUCAGUGAAGUCCCAAGUGCGUUGAGUAACUCCGGCGGUAAACCACAACCAGAACCACGGCAAAAUGACGCUUCCAACUUCGUCACUGUCAUUGAAAUCAAUCAGCAGCAAAAGCAGCAGAAUGGUGCCAAGGAGUUGCCGCCUCCGCAGAUGAACAAACCGACAAAAGUCGCCCCUAAGCCUCCUCCCAAAGUUUUCCACAAAUUAGGAAAUUCUCUGGAAAAUGAAGACGUCAGUCCAACCUGCUCCCUUGGUAAAACAGGAUCAUCCUGCAGUAGUCAGUCCAGGCCAAGUAGCAGAGGCAGUAUUUCUGAUCGGGUGAAAAGCUACGAGUCGAUAUGCUCUCAAAACAGUGGAAAAUCGAUGCAAAGUCCUUCAGAAGCAAACAGCAGGUCGAUGGAAAGUGGCAGCGGAACCACGGAACCAUAUUAUGAUAGUGUCCCCUUGGAUGGCCAAGAAGAUGGAGAAUAUGUUUACAUUCAAGCUGGAGGAUCUGCUUCGUCCAGAGAUGACAUAUCGCCCCAAGCAAUCAGUCCCUGCAGCACGUUGCCCUUGUCCGGAAAUAGUCACACCAAUGUUCUUGUAGAACCUGAUAGUCCAGGAAAAAAUUCGAAUUAUGUCAACAUUGAUUAUUUCAUACAAAAUAGCUCCCGGGAGCGUACAGGAACAAUGGAAACAACUACUGGAAGUUCAUUGGAUAGUGAUGGCGAACAAGAAGGAGCUUAUGACGGCGUUCCAGGAGGACCAGCAGGAGAUGUACCCCCCGCUCUACUCAGGGCGAUUUCUGCAGAUGUUGAACAUACAAGUCCGAUUCCAGGAACGCCUGGAUCUAAUCGGAAGAUCGGAUCAAUGGAUAUGAGUAAGCAAGAGGCCGAGCGUGUGUCUAUGUAUAGAUGUAUUAUAGAAAGUAUUAUUAAAGGAGAAAAAGUUUAUGUUGAGUGGCUCACAGUCAUGAUGCAAUAUAUGAAAGCAAUUAAGGCUACAUUAAAAACUUCCCAACCUGUGAUAACUGAAGAUGAGUUUGAUACAAUAUUCUAUAAAGUACCAGAACUUCAUUCUCUGCAUUCAAAUUUUUUGGAAGGACUGCAAAUGCGAACACAAAACUGGGAUGGCAAACUUACAAUAGGAGAUCAUUUCAAAAUUAUGGCUUCCAAUAUAAAUAUAUAUGGCGCCUUUCUCCAUAAUUAUGGACGUGCCAAAGAUACUGUGCGAAAAUGUUGCGUAAACAAUUCCAAUUUUGCACAAGUUACUUCCGAAAUUAGAUUGCAGUCUCACAGAGAACAUAGUCUGAGUUUAGAAGACUUACUGCACAAACCAGUAAACAGGGUACAAAUGAAUGCACUAGUUUUACAUGAUUUAUUAAAAUAUACACCAUCUUCGCAUCCCGAUCACGCGACUUUAACGGAAGCUCUGAAUAUGACUCAACAUUUUUUGGAUGAGUUCAAUAUGAUCCAAACCAAAAAUAUGUUUCCGUCCGCUGAUCGAGCCCAACGACGAUUGGUGAAAAAUUCUUUUAUCGUGGAAUUAGCAGAAGGUAGCAGGAAAUUGAGGCACUUGUUUUUGUUCAACGAUGUUAUAGCAUGCGCCAAGUAUAAGGCUUCUGGUCGUGAAAAAUUCACAUUUGAAUUGAAAUGGUACAUACCUUUAAGCGACAUUGUGAUAUUUGAGGAGCCUGCAGUAGAUCCUAAAGAAAGUUCACCUGCCAAUAUAGUUUCUUUGAAAUCACAAGCUUGUAAUGUCAGGGACCAAUUACUACUAGAAGACAAAGAUGAUAAGAAAUCAAGACUGAGUAGCAGGUCAGAGAAGCAAAAGAAGAAACUCGCCGAUCUGGAAGCUCAAUUAGUGUUAGCAUCUCCGAACUUAGUUUUUCGUGUCGGAAACAAACAAACUAUCAGAACCCAAACAUUUUUCUUAUCUUCCGAUUUUGAAAGGACACAAUGGAUCGAAUCUAUUCAACAGUUGCAGCAAAGUUCUCAGCUCCCUGGUUCUGUAGUAGUUCCAUCAAUGUAUGAACUCCAGGCCUGGAUUACGGCCUGCAGGACAUUUCUCAAGACUAAUAUGGGAUCAUACCUCAUGCGAACUGGACGAGAUGAAAGCUUAUUGGUUGGCGAUCUACAUUUGACAAUUAAAGAUUUGACUGGUUUGGAUUACCCUGCAGAUCUAUUUGUUUGUGUAGAAGUAGAUUCAUAUGGUCAUUAUUUCCGCAAAGCUAAAAGUAAACUAAUUUGCCGUUCUAAUAAUCCUACCUGGAACGAAACAUAUGUUUUAGAAUUGGAAGGAUCUCAAAAUUUGAGAAUUCUUUUAUAUGAGGAAAAUCAGACAAGGCCAAUGCUACGUGCUAAACAUACACUAAAAUUGAGUCGUACUUGGUUGCAAGAAAAUUGGUUAUCGCAAAGUAUUGUUUUGAGAAACUGCACUUUGAAUGUAAUGCUGAAAUUUACACCUAGUGAAGUUACUCUAAGACGAGUUCCUACUUCCAAACCCGGUGCUUUGUUUGGGGCUAAGAUACUACAAGUUUGCAAGAGAGAAAAACGUGACAUACCUUUUAUAGUCACAUCUAGUGUGAGAGAGGUUGAAAGACGAGGCAUGAUGGAAGUUGGCAUAUACAGGGUAUCUGGAUCUGCAACUGACUUGAAUAAACUUAAAAAGAGUUUUGAAAGCAAUCCUUAUGAAGCUGAACAACUUUUGAAAGAAGUUGACAUACAUUCAGUUACUGGAAUACUAAAAUUAUAUCUUCGUGAAAUGCCAGAAGCAUUAUUUACUGAUGCUCUCUAUACUAAGUUUGCAGAUGCGUUUAAUCUAAGCUCGGCACUCAAUACAAAUCGAGCAGUGGCUUUGAGCCAUUGUUAUGAGAGUUUACCAGUACAAAAUAAAGAAUGCAUUGACUAUUUACUUAACCAUCUGAUCAAAGUGAAUCAAUACGAAUCAGAAAACAAAAUGUCACUGCACAACUUAGCAACAGUUUUUGGUCCAACUCUUCUUAGACCAGGAGCGAGAGCAGAUUCUAAGCAAAAGGAUAAAUUAGCAGAUUGCACAGUUGAUGUCAUGACGCAGGCAGGAAUAUUAUACUGCUUCUUACAGCAGAAAGCUGAGCAGCUUCGUGAACAAGGAAGUAAAUGAUGAGGAAUGUAAAUUCAAAGAGUUUUUGAUGAUUUUAAAUAUGCCUUGAAAACAAUGUUAUUGUAUAAUCAGGGUUUGAAUUUUUUGAAUCAAUUUAUAUAAACCUUUUCUUAAUCCAUUUUUAUUUUAUAUAUUUUAAAUU